AUGAAGUUCUCCUUGGUGGCACUGGCGACUCUUGUCGGCUCUGCUAUGGCUGAUCUGGAUCCUAUUGUUAUCAAGGGUUCCAAGUUCUUCUAUUCCAGCAACGACACCCAGUUCUAUCUUCGUGGUGUUGCCUAUCAACAAACUGCCGAUGGAGACAGCUAUACUGACCCUCUCGCUGAUGCCACUGCUUGUGCGCGUGACGUUCCCAUCAUGAAGGAACUUCGCACCAAUGUGAUUCGUACCUACGCCAUCAAUGCCUCAGCCGACCACUCCGCCUGUAUGAAGUUGCUAUCAGAGGCCGGUAUCUACCUGAUCUCCGACCUCUCUGACCCAUCGCAAUCGAUCGACCGUAAUGACCCUACCUGGGAAACUUCGCUCUACACCCGGUACACCAGCGUUAUCGAUGAGCUGUCUCAGUACAACAACACUAUUGGUUUCUUUGCUGGCAAUGAGGUUUCCAACACCGUCGCUACCUCGGAUGCCAGUGCCUUCGUCAAGGCUGCCGUUCGCGAUAUGAAAAAGUACAUCAAGCAGAAGGGCUACCGGUCAAUGGGUGUUGGAUACGCCACCGCCGAUGUGUCCACUAUCCGUGAGAACAUGGCCGACUACUUCGACUGCGAGAGCUCCGACGAGACCAUUGACUUCUGGGGCUACAACAUCUACUCGUGGUGCGGUAACUCCUCGUACACAGAAUCCGGCUACAACACUCGCACUGAGGAGUUCCGCGACUAUUCCGUUCCCGUCUUCUUCGCUGAAUAUGGUUGCAACGAUGUCACUCCUCGUCAGUUCACUGAGGUGACUGCUCUGUACGGCGACACCAUGGCUGAAGUCUGGUCUGGUGGUAUCGUCUACAUGUACUUCCAGGAGACCAACAACUAUGGUCUGGUUUCCGUCGUCGACAGCACUAGUGUUAGCACCAUGGCCGACUUCAAGUCUUACUCCAAGCACAUCGCUACCGCCGACCCCACUGGUACUAACAAGGCAUCAUACACUCCCACCAACACCGCUCUCCAAAGCUGCCCCACAGUUGGAUCCGACUGGUCGGCCAAGGCAUCUCCCCUGCCCCCUAGUGCUGACGUCAAUCUGUGUGAGUGCAUGUACGAUUCCGCCGGCUGCAUUGUUGCCAGUGAUCUCUCGACUAGCAAGUACGCCAAGCUGUUCAGCACUGUCUGCGGCCUAACCGACUGCGGUGGAGUCGACCGCAACGCGACCACUGGCGAGUAUGGUGCCUACAGCAUGUGCACUGCUGAACAGCAGCUCGCUUUCGCUUUGAACAAGUACUAUGUUGCGCAGGAUCGCGUCGCCUCUGCCUGUAGCUUCGAUGGAUCUGCUACCGCCAAGGCCACCACCAGCGCUACCGGUACUUGUUCCGCACAGAUGAAGGAGGCUGGUUCUGCGGGCACCGGCACUGUCACCACCGAAGCCACCGCUACUGCUGACUCCAGCUCCUCUUCCAGCACCUCUACCUCGUCCAGUGGCGGUGCUAUGAGCAUUCACUCCAGUGUCACCUUUGGUUCCUUCCAGAUUGGUGCCUAUCUGGCCACUGCUAUCCUAGCGGGUGUCGGCAUGAUUGCGCUUUAA